AUGAUGGCAUCGAGAAGAAGUAUUCACAUCCAACCAGAAUUUGAUUAUGGACGUUCAUUUCCCACGAGUCUACCGGAUUCAGCGAGAAGGUAUGCGGACAAAUUGGCAAAAAGAGAGAACAGAGGGCUAACCAGCAGGAGCACAUAUUCCACCGGCAAUCGCGCGAGUUUCGAUGGCCCAUUUUAUCCAAAUAUCAGCGCAUCAUACGCCCCGAGUCUUAGUGCUUCGCCUUACGCCUCUAUCACUGCACCGAUGAACUCGAGGCCCCUGGUCCGUCCGGAUCCAAUUUAUGGAUCCAAUGCUUAUAGCAUUGGUUCAUCGUCAAAUGUAUACGGAACCGCAGGACCAGGUUAUGGUUCAUACGCAAGUCAAGGUCCAAGUUGGGAGCCCCAAGGUAGGGUUUCGCCCGAGCCUUACAUGGACGAAUCUUAUGUUGCGUCUCCCAGCCCAACGGACUAUGCACUUGAGUCCGCUCCUCGGUCAUCCGGAGAAGCCAGAAGUGUUGGAAAAGGCCAUUCCCAAAGGCGACCAUCUAACAGGGAUGAAUUUGAUGGACCCCAUCAAUUCUUACAACGGCCGCCCCCGGAAUACAUUGCCCAGCAGGAGAGAGACUUGCCGCAUCUGCCAACAAACCUUGUGGUACAGGAACAGGACAGUGUCCUAACUAGCGUUAAUGACAGGCUGUCACAGUGCGCUUUCGACUUUGUUGCCAAGUACCAGUUUCCAAUUCCUCUGAGUGAUAGCUGUCGGCCUGUGGAACGACCACAGGACCGAGAAUGGACGGAGUGGGUAUACCUUCUAAAACGUCUUGCCACCAAGAGACGCAUACCUGCCCGGGUGUUGUACAAUGGCCAGAUAAAGCAGUUUGUUACCAUCUUGGAAAACAGCCUAGAGAUGAGACAUGCCGCAAAGCAUCAAUCACGCCCGUUAAAAGAUGACAGGAAUAUCCUCCAAUUGAUCUCUGCAGGAAUACAGGUUGCCAAAAUUUUGAAGGACGCGGAGGCUAUGUCUUACCUGGACCGAUUAUACGUUACAACAGAGCAGCAAAUUCAAGAAAGGAGUGCAAGCCGCUUCCGUCCUUGA